AUGGCUUCCAAGCUCAAGCAAUGUGGAUUGCUUGUUACUGCAAUGCUUGUGGCGGCGGUGGCGGAGCCGGAGGAGGUUUUGGUGGAGGUGUCGGUGGUGGAGCUGGAGGAGGCCUCGGUGGUGGUGCUGGAGGAGGCUUUUGGUGGGGGAGCUGGUGGCGGAGCUGGAGGAGGGUUUGGAGGAGGUGCUGGAGGAGGCGUUGGCGGUGGCUUUGGAGGAGGAGCAGGAGCAGGAGGCGGGUUUGGAGGAGGAGCUGGUGGAGGCGGCGGCUUCGGCGGUGGAGCUGGUGGAGGUGGAGGAUUUUAA